ACGGCGGAGCUUCUGUUCUCAUUAUUUGUGGUGUGAGCUUCGAGCUGAGCGUCUGUUCUCGUACAGGUCAGCCGAAGAGCGGGACCCUUUCUCCGACGCAGUCACAAGUGGAAAGGCGAUUUAGAUUCGUGAGAGACAGAAAUCAGCAGCGUUUCUUCUAAGUGAGGUAUAGUUUUGAGGUGUUUCACUCUCCCCAAUGCGCUCGUCGUUACUCGGAUUUUCUGGAUUUACUCUAAAUAUCAUGAAUUUAAAUUUGAAUUUAACUUGUUUAUCUAGGCAUAAUUAGAUAACAGUUUUUUUUAGAUCCCUCUCAUAGACUAUCGCCGAAAGGAAUAUGGCAAAAAAUGUAACCGAUGAUCCCAGGGAUGAUUUAAAUAAGAUUUCGGAUGAAGAAAUGUUCCGAUUUAGCAAAGAUGAACUUGUUAGAAGACUCCGAAAGCUGAAUAAUGAAAAGAUGAACUUGAUGAUUGAGCAUGGGAAUAUGAUUAAGGACGUCAAUCGGAGAUUGCAAGUCCACCUCCACGAGAUACGGAGCUUGAAGGAAGUGAACCAGAAACUGCAGGAUGACAACCACGAGCUCCGAGAACUGUGCUGCUUCUUGGACGACGACCGGCAAAAGGGCAAGAAGCUCUCUCGCGAGUGGCAGCGAUUCGGCCGGUACGCCGCCAGCGUGGUGUGGAAGGAGGUUGGCACCUACCAGCAGAAGCUGCAGGAGCUGGAGGCCCAUCAGGAGAGCGUCGUGCGAGAGAACGUGGAGUUCAAGGAGAUCAUUGUGAUGCUGGAGGAGGAGAGAAACGGGGCCGGCUCGAGGAACUCCAUAGACAGCCAGUCAAGUUUGACCAACGGGGGCUCCGGUAACGUGAGGGACGUGGGCGAUGGGAGCAGCACCUCCAGUACGGGCAGCGGCGGAAGCCCAGACCAUCAUCGCAGUCACGGGCAUAAGCCUGCCGAGGCCAAGCCAGCAUCCGUCAGGAGAUCUAUGGAUGACUUGUCGGUCAACCCUAUUCACAGAAGCAUACCAAACGGCCUAAACGACUCAUCGAACUACAUCCGUCAACUUGAGACAAAGGUCCGGAUUUUAGAGGAUGGCAACAAGCAGCAGGGCAGCGUGGGGGAUGUGAAGGUCUUGCGGAAAGGCCUCUCGCUCUACCACUCCGAGUCUCAGCUCUCCUCGCUCUCCAAACACCAGGACGCCCUGCAGAACGGUACCACCAGGCUCCCCUCUGGAGAUCUGCUCUCCCCCAUCUCAAGCUACCUGCCCUCAGCCCAGAGACCCGAGGCUCUGGUUCAUGCCAUGAAGGUGUUGGAGGUUCACGAGAAGCUGGACAGACAGAUCCCCGAAGACUACAAUGAGGACCUCAGCGAGAAGGAGAAAGCCAUUGUCCGGGAGAUGUGUAACGUGGUGUGGCGAAAGCUCGGAGACGCAGCGGGCUCUAAGCCGUCCGUCCGGCACCAGCUCUCCGGGAACCAGUUCAAAGGCCCCGUCUAG